AUGGCGCCCCGGAUACAGACCCGCGUAUCCAACGCACUUCUCCCCUAUCUCACUUCCUCCUCCUCAUCCUCCUCCUCUAUCCCUUCACUAUGCUCUUCAUCACAAUCUCUUUCCCGCCAAUUCUCGGCUACAGCCGCUCCCCAGACCAAGCUUCGUCGACAAAUGUUCGAGUGGCUUAACACCCAAGGAGCCGCGUUGAAAUACCACAUUCCUGGUGAAACAAAUUAUUUGAAAGAUGCACGAGAUGCUGAUCUUACUGAUACAAACCGCCCAUUCCCGAAUAACCGCAAUUUCAUUAGCGAAAGUGUCCUCAGUGAGGAGCUUCGCAAUGAGGUUUAUGUGCGGGUCGUCGAGAAGAAGAAGAGUCUGCGCGCCGUCAGUGUCGAGCUUGGUAUCGAUAUGAAGCGGAUCGCCGCGGUUGUUCGUUUGGUGGAGCUGGAGCGAAGACAACGGUCACAGGGUAAACCCAUGGCUUUGCCAUAUGCCCGGGCAGUCCACGAAAUGAUUCCGGUCACUCCUCUUGCCGACAAGGGUGAGCGUCCGAACUACCACGAGCCCAUUAACGACCUUCCUGUCCAUCCUUCCACUGGCGCACAAAUCUUCUACCCUGUCCCUGAAUCCCGCUCGUUUACUCGAGUUGAUGCUGGUCGCGUAUUCUCUGGAGCCCCGGCGAUGGAGAACGAGCGUAAGGCAAAGAUCUCCCACCCGUCGGAUAUUAUUGACGAGGUGAUGGAAAACCCCGGCUCAAUUGAGUGGGUUGGAAAGGGCGCAAACGCCCGCCAAGUCCUCCAGCCUGCGGAUGUGCGAAUUCCGCACCCGCAACUGGUUCAACUGGAGCGUGACCGCAUGGCCAACCCUAAUGAACGCCGUAUGGUCGCUGACCGUCACACACAGCGCCUUCAACGCCAGGAGGAGGCCGAGAAGAAGCGUCGGGACCGUGCUAAGGAACGUCGUGAGAAGAGUGUCACCCACGUCGAGCCUGUCGGUGGACGCUUUGACUACCGUAUCCAGGAUGCAGUCUUCACUAAGGAGACUGUUGGCGUUGAUGGCCGUGCUCCCUGGGCCCCUGGUCGUCGCUACGGUGUGCCUACCAAUGACCGCACUCGUGGUACCGUUAAGAUUCCGACUCGUGUGGAAGCUUAA